AUGAAUGCACGCAAUCGCCCUCAGAUUCCUCCUUCAGAUAACACUACUAGCCCUUAUUUUCUGCAUCCGAGCGACAAUCCUGGUGUAGCUCUCGUUCCACAGUUGCUAAUUGGAUCCAAUUACUCAACAUGGGGCUGUUCCUUCAUCACAGCUCUACUAGCUAAGAAUAAGUUAGUUUUUGUUGAUGAAUCUAUACUUCGGCCGAAUGGUGAUGAUCUCCUGUAUCAAGCAUGGAUCAGGUGUAAUAGCAUUGUUGUUGCUUGGUUGCGCAACUCAGUUUCUGCUCAAAUUUCUAGCAUUAUGUUUUUGGAUAAUGCUUAUGAGAUCUGGUCAGAUCUGAAGGAACGUUUCUCUCUUGGUGAUUCUGCUCGUUUAUAUCAACUGAGGCAGCAGUUGAUGACUCUCAAUCAAGGAAAUUUAGAUGUCAGCACAUACUUCACCAAUUUGAGAACGGUUUGGGAUGAAUUCAAAAAUUCUCAGUCUCUCUCUUGGUGCAAUUGCAAUCGUUGCACUUGCAACAGUGCAGCUAGAUGGCAUCAACAUCAGGAAAAUGAUUACAUAGUUCAAUUUUUAAUCAGCUUAAAUCCUACCUUUUCACAGAUCAGAUCUAAUAUCCUGGCUAUUUCUCCUUUGCCUUCACUUUCUAAGGUGUUUUCCUUAGUUGUUCAGGAAGAGAGACAACGACGCAUUGAUGGAAAGCUAAUAUCCUCAGCCUACUCUCCAGCUCCUGCUCCAGUUACAAGUGAACAACCUUUUGCAAAUGCUGCUUCAAAUUUUGGCAGAGGCUUCAACAAGUUUUUGUGCAACCAUUGUGGUAAAACUAACCAUAAUGUGGAUAAGUGUUUCUUUAUCCAUGGUUUUCCCCUAGAAUAUGGCCGAGACAAACCUAAAUCUACUGGUUUUAAUCAAUCUGGUUCAUACAAGCAGAAGUCUGUGAACUAUGUUGAAGAUAACUCUGAUUCUUCUCAUUGGAAGGGAUCACAAUCUGGAUCUCAACCUAUUGUUGCAAACCUACCUACCAUGGAUCACUAUCAGCAGCUUGUGAAUCUCUUGCAAAGCCAAUUCCACACUCAAAGUUCAUUCACUACUACAGAGUCAGCUGAACCUCCAUAG